GGCACAGGAAGCGCUGGGAGGCCCGAGCCGUCCCAGGGUGCCCCGCGCGGCGUGGACUCGGGCCGCUGCCGCCAUCCCGCUGGCGAGAGGGAGAGAGAGGCCCGCCCGCUCGCCGGUCGGGCCAGUGUGGGCCAGUGCGUGAGGGCGCGGGGGGCCGUGUCAGCGAGACGCAGAGCGCAGCCGCCACCGCCAAACGGACAUGUUGGAGCCCAGCGCCGCCGCCGCCUCUUUUCCCUCAUCCUCCGCACGGGACUGAGAGGGGGCCCGCCAGCCCUCCGCCUCUGCCUCUGCCUCGGCCGCAGCCUCUUCCUGCCCGGCCUCGGGCUCCGCCGCGCGUCGCCUCCCCCCGCCCCUCAGGCCCGGCCGGUUCCCCGGCCCCGCUCCGCCGCGGCGCGAGGUCUAUGUGAGCGGCGGGCCCGGGGCAGCCGCCGCCGCAGCGCGAACAUGGACGCCGUCAACGCCUUCAACCAGGAGCUCUUUUCACUUAUGGAUAUGAAACCUCCUAUCUCUCGAGCCAAGAUGAUCCUCAUCACAAAAGCUGCUAUUAAAGCUAUUAAGCUUUAUAAGCAUGUCGUUCAAAUAGUAGAAAAGUUCAUCAAAAAGUGUAAACCUGAAUACAAGGUUCCAGGAUUAUAUGUAAUCGACUCAAUUGUGCGACAGUCUCGGCAUCAGUUUGGAACUGAUAAAGAUGUUUUUGGGCCAAGAUUCUCUAAAAACAUAACCGCUACAUUCCAAUAUUUAUAUCUUUGUCCAUCUGAAGAUAAGAGUAAAAUAGUCCGUGUGCUGAACCUUUGGCAAAAAAAUGGAGUAUUCAAGAUUGAAAUUAUUCAACCUCUUUUGGACAUGGCAGCAGGAACCAGUAAUGCCGCCCCAGUAGCAGAAAAUGUUACUAAUAAUGAAGGUUCACCUCCACCUCCAGUUAAGGUUUCUUCUGAACCCCCACAAGCCACUACAAACUCCGUACCAACUGUACCACAGUUGCCCAGCUCGGAUGCUUUUGCUGCUGUAGCCCAACUGUUUCAGACGACACAAGGUCAACAGCUUCAGCAGAUCCUUCAGACUUUUCAGCAGCCUCCAAAACCACAGUCUCCUGCCAUUGACAAUGCUGUGAUGGCUCAGGUUCAGGCUCUCACAGCUCAGUUAAAGACAGCUCCUACACAACCACCUGAACAAAAAGCUGCUUUCCCCCCGCCUGAACAGAAAACCGCAUUUGACAAGAAGCUACUUGAUAGAUUUGAUUAUGAUGAUGAGCCAGAAGCUGUGGAAGAAUCAAAGAAAGAAGAUGCUGCUGCUGCCGCUGCCACCACAGCACCUGCUGCUGCUGUUGCUCCGCCUGCGCCCGCUGCUGCCGCGCCCGCUGCUGCCACGCCUGCUGCUUCUCCUCCACAGGCACCCUUUGGGUUUCCUGGAGAUGGCAUGCAGCAGCCAGCAUAUACCCAGCAUCAAAAUAUGGAUCAGUUUCAACCUCGAAUGGUGGCAAUCCAGCAGGAUCCAGUGCACCAUCAGGUUCCGCUUCCUCCUAAUGGACAGAUGCCAGGAUUUGGCCUUCUUCCUACACCUCCAUUUCCUCCCAUGGCUCAGUCUGUGAUUCCUCCAACUCCCCCCGUGCAGCAGCCUUUCCAAGCUUCUUUUCAGGCACAGAGUGAACCACUUACACAGAAGGCACAUCAGGAAAUGGAAGUGGAACAACCUUGUAUUCAGGAGGUUAAGCGGCAUAUGUCUGAUAACAGAAAGUCAAGAUCUAGGUCAGCAUCCAGGUCACCAAAAAGGAGACGAUCUCGAUCUGGUUCUAGAUCUCGAAGGUCUCGUCAUCGACGUUCUCGAUCCCGGUCAAGAGAUCGACGUCGACAUUCUCCUAGAUCUCGUUCCCAGGAAAGACGAGAUCGAGAAAAAGAAAGAGAACGCCGACAAAAAGGCCUUCCUCAGAUCAAACCAGAAACUGCAAGUGUUUGUAGUACUACACUCUGGGUGGGACAACUGGACAAAAGGACUACUCAGCAGGACGUUGCCAGUCUCUUAGAAGAGUUUGGUCCAAUUGAAUCAAUUAAUAUGAUUCCUCCCAGAGGCUGUGCCUAUAUUGUUAUGGUUCAUAGGCAAGACGCUUAUCGUGCCCUGCAGAAACUGAGCCGAGGAAACUAUAAAGUGAACCAGAAAUCCAUAAAGAUUGCCUGGGCCUUAAACAAAGGAAUAAAGGCAGAUUAUAAGCAGUAUUGGGAUGUAGAACUUGGUGUUACUUAUAUUCCAUGGGACAAAGUUAAGCCUGAAGAACUGGAGAGUUUUUGUGAAGGAGGAAUGUUGGACAGUGAUACACUUAAUCCAGAUUGGAAAGGAAUUCCCAAGAAACAUGAAAAUGAAGUUGCUCAAAAUGGAGGGGCAGAAACCUCACACACAGAACCCGUGUCGCCCAUACCUAAACCGUUACCUGUGCCUGUCCCUCCUAUCCCUGUUCCAGCGCCUAUAACAGUGCCACCUCCACAGGUCCCACCACACCAGCCAGGUCCUCCUGUCGUUGGUGCUCUCCAGCCACCUGCUUUCACACCUCCUUUGGGAAUUCCCCCUCCGGGCUUUGGUCCCGGUGUUCCUCCUCCGCCGCCGCCUCCACCAUUUUUGCGCCCAGGAUUCAACCCAAUGCAUUUACCACCAGGUUUUCUUCCUCCUGGACCCCCACCUCCUAUAACUCCACCAGUGUCCAUUCCUCCUCCUCACACUCCACCAAUAAGCAUCCCAAACUCUACUAUCGCUGGUAUAAAUGAAGACACUACAAAAGACUUAUCUAUUGGAAAUCCCAUUCCAACAGUGGUGUCUGGGGCUAGAGGAAAUGCCGAGUCUGGUGACAGUGUGAAAAUGUAUGGCUCUGCUGUGCCACCUGCUGCACCCACGAAUCUGCCCACCCCUCCUGUAACCCAGCCUGUUUCACUUCUUGGUACUCAAGGAGUUGCACCUGGUCCUGUAAUUGGGCUCCAGGCACCAUCCACUGGUCUUCUUGGUGCCCGCCCUGGCCUGAUCCCACUCCAGCGCCCACCAGGAAUGCCUCCGCCUCAUUUACAGAGAUUUCCUUUGAUGCCACCUCGUCCCAUGCCACCACAUAUGAUGCAUAGAGGUCCACCACCAGGACCAGGGGGCUUUGGAAUGCCUCCACCUCAUGGAAUGAAAGGUCCCUUUCCACCACAUGGCCCCUUUGUUAGGCCUGGUGGAAUGCCAGGGCUUGGGGGCCCAGGGCCAGGCCCAGGGGGUCCUGAAGACAGAGAUGGAAGGCAGCAGCAGCCACAGCAGCAGCAGCAGCAGCCGCAGCAGCAGCCACCACCACAGCCACAACCGCAGCAGCCGCCACCAGCUCAGCAACCACCACCAACUCAACAGCAACCACAACCAUUUAGAAAUGAUAACAGGCAGCAGUUCAAUUCAGGUAGAGACCAAGAAAGGUUUGGAAGAAGAUCUUUCGGAAAUAGGGUGGAAAAUGACCGGGAACGGUAUGGGAACCGUAAUGAGGAUAGAGAUAAUAGUAAUCGUGAAAGGAGAGAGUGGGGAAGAAGGAGCCCUGACCGGGACAGGCACAGAGACUUGGAAGAGAGAAAUAGACGCUCUAGUGGGCAUCGAGACAGAGAGAGAGAUUCUAGAGAUAGAGAGUCUCGUAGAGAGAAGGAAGAAAACCGAGGAAAGGAAAAGCCUGAGGUGACAGACAGGGCAGGUGGUAACAAAACCGCUGAACCUCCCGUUAGCCAAGUGGGAAACGUAGACACUGUUUCAGAACUUGAUAAGGGGGAGUCUGAGUCUGCAGUUGUAAAACCUUCUGAAGAGUUACCUGCUGAGGCUACCUCAUCCGUUGAACCCGAGAAGGAUUCUGGCUCAGCAGCAGAGGCUCCUCGUUAGAGACUGGAAUUUGUCAAAAUGUGACAGUGACACUUCCUGGAGUGUAGAGCUUGAGGUGUACAGAUGCUGUAUUAUAUUUGCUCCUGCUAUAUCACAGCCCCACAGUAGUUGGUGGGGAAUUGUAAGCAAUUUGAUUGCUUCCCUUCUAUUUAAAAAUAGCCACAAAAUAACAAAAAAUACUGAAAAUAUGAAUAAAUAUUACCCUUUUUGCUGUAACUUUUUAAAAGUUUUGACUUUAAAAAGUUUACAAAUCGUAAUUAGAAGUGCUCUCUAUUUUUUUUUUUUUUUAAUUUAAGACAAGGUAACGGUGAAAGCUCCUCAAAAACAAUAGGGAUGUUUUUAAUAAACUCUAUUUUCGUAACAAACUUUAAUGUGUGCUAUUCUUCCUACACUGCAUUAAGGUGGAAAAGGAUUGUUCACCAUCAAAGUUUGAGCUGUUAAUACUGUAUUGGAGUCUAAAUUAGACUUAUUCUGAUGGAAAUAGACAUCUUUAUGUAGUCAUUCUCAAACACUUUCAUCUGUAAUACUUUUGAUUUUUAGCAUUUCAAUCAUAAGGUAAAGGUUUUAAUGUUAAUUGAAAAGCUUGUUAGUUUUGCAGUUCAAUCAAGGUUUUCUUUUUUACCAUUGGCUUUGUGGUAAAUGGUGCCCUAAUUAAUUUGUAAAGAGAAAUUUUGCUGGAGGGAAAAUUGGAUCCCAUCUUACCAGUACUUUGUACUAUAAAUUAUCUGAUUGCCUGGGUAUUACUUACUUAGAAGGUUGGGUGUUUUUCUUACCAUCCCAUUAAGUUUUUCAAAAGGGUGAAAGAAAUCAAGGUUAACAUUUGCAACCUGAAAGCUUUUUGUCUUAUUUUAUAUGUUUAAGGACUUAAAUGCAACCUGUUGUUUCCUAUAAGCCUUGCCUGUUGCCUUUCUUUACCAAUGUCUAAUCUCCCCUGCUGGGCAGAGGUAGACUAACGUUUUGCCAGAGUACUUUAUCUCUUUUGCCUAAAAUUGUUGGGCUAACUAGGAAAAAUAGUUGUAGCUUAUCCAAGAACUACUACAUGAAGACAUCCAAAGCCAAGCCAAACCUGUACCUAACUAGUACAGAAAAGCAGUUCGUCCCGCUGCCUACCCAGUGCCAAGGAAAAGACCUGCCGGGACCCAGCCCAAGGAGUUAGGCUCGGGGAAGCUUUUUUCUUCCUCCACUUCAUUUUUAAAGUUUCAGUGUUCUAGCAGUUAACUUUUCUGUGUCCUCAUCCCCAGGCGAAGCUGCUGUAUUACUUUGGUUUUUAAAUAGUAUACUCUGCAGCAAGAUCUGACGGACAGAAUUUCUCUAGGGCAGUUUUCUUGUGUUUCUAUCUAUCUUUAGAAAUAAGAAAAACCUGCUUCGUAUCGGCAGACUCGAAUUACAAAACUUUUCCUUAGUUUUCUGUAGGACCACUGAGAAGUUUAAAGUCGUAGCUGAAACUGCUUCUGGGAAGAAAGACACAUCUGGUUAUUUAGUGUUCAGAUUCCAAGGACUUGCAGCCCUGUACUUCCAAGUGAAAGUAGUGAGAACACCGUGUUUGCACGUGACAAAACCCCAAAAACACUAAGUGGUAGCGAUUACACGUGAAGCUUUAAAGGUCACAAGCGAGUCCCUGUAUUUCAGUCCUAUCCUGCAUACAUACCAAACUGUACAUUAGAGAAAUCUGUUAAAUACUGUUUUUAGAUUCUCUACCCAGCUGACAGCAGUUUUAACCACCUGUUGUGAGCACACGGUUCUUUACUACCAAUUUUAAAACUCUGAAGGCACUACAAAUUGUCUGUUUCCGAAUUAGCUUUUCCUCUCCUAAGUAAUCUACAUUUGAUAAAGUACAUCAUAUAUUUAUGAUCAAUCAGAACUGUAGCUUAUUUCUGGCUUAUCAAAAAUAUUCUACAACUUUCAAUUAAUAAACAACCGUAAUGCACAUAGUCAAACCUGAGUUAGGUUAACGUUUCAUUUAAAGCAUUCUCUUACAGGAGCACACAAGUAUUUACAUUAAGAGAAAGACCUGAAUUCACGAAUUGGGUGUGUAAAUUCUUCUCUUUAAACCUCCAGAACCCACAAUCAAACAUUUCCUUGGUUCCAUCUUACAAUGUUAUUCCUUUAAAUGGCUAAUCUGAAAGUAGGCUGUGCCAACCUCUACUUUUAUUAUAAACUAAAUGUUCACAAGUCUACAGAAAUGUGCCAUUUUGGCAGGUAGGUAAAUUAAUCUUAUUCUUAGCUAACUGAGGCUGUAACUUGCCAUUCAGUUUCACUAGAAGUUAUCAAAGGGCUCUUAGACCAUAACAUUUACUUUUAAAAAUAAACUUACAUACUUUUGAAUCAAAAUGCUGUAUUGGUUAAGCAGGGAAACUACCUUCAUUUCUCUAAAGGUGACAGGAUAGUCUAUUUGUCAAAGAUUAAAUUUCAGGUUAGCUUUAGCCAAAGACCAGCUGCUAAAAUUUAAAACAUUUUCAAAAGAGAGCUCUAUGAAAUAGUCAAUACCUGUCAACAUGCUACUCUACCUGUUUAAGCUCUGUGUCUGAGGGAUCAAGCUAAUUUGGAAUUUCAAUUUAGAUACUUCACUAGGUUCAAGAUACAGUGCCAUAUAGGCUACUUGUUUAUUGUAGACCUGAACGAGAACUGAAGAAAUUCUCUUAAGUUUAAUACUCAUCUAUGAUUAAGUCUGGCAAAAUAG